AUGUUCAUAGAAGAUCUCAUACAGUACUACUGUACGAGAUCUUCUAUGAAUAUGAUGAUGAAUUAUUCUGUUAGUAGAGAAACACUUACCAUAGAAACAGGGAAACUGGCCAAAUUUGCAGAUGGUGCAGCAGUUAUAAAGCAAGGAGAAACCAGUGUUCUUGUAACAGCAGUGACAAAAACUCUGUCCCAGCCAUCUUCAUUUCUUCCUCUCACUGUUGAUUACAGACUGAAAACAGCAGCAGGUGGGAGGAUUCCUAUGAACUAUUUCCGUCGAGAACGGGGUCCAUCAGAGAGCAAAAUCCUCACCAGUCAUGUUAUAGGUAGAUAA